CAGGUGCAACAACUGCAGCUCCAGGUGCAACAACUGCAGCCCUAGGAGCAACCACUGCAGCUCCAGGAGCAACAACUGCAGCUCCAGCAGGAGCAACAACUGCAGCUCCAGGUGCAACAACUGCUGACCCAGGUGCCACAACUGCUGCUCCAGGAGCAACCACUGCUGCCCCAGGAGCAACAACUGCAGCCCCAGGAGCAACCACUGCAGCCCCAGGUGCAACAACUGCAGCCCCAGGAGCAACCACUGCUGCCCCAGGAGCAACAACAGCAGCCCCAGGAGCAACCACUGCAGCUCCAGGAGCAACCACUGCUGCCCCAGGAGCCACAACUGCAGCUCCGGGUGCAACAACUGCAGCCCCAGGAGCAACCACUGCAGCUCCAGGAGAAACCACUGCUGCCCCAGGAGCAACAACUGCAGCCCCAGGAACUGCAGCCCCAGGAGCAACAACUGCAGCCCAUGGAGCAACCACUGCUGCCCCAGGAGCAACCACUGCUGCCCCAGGAGCAACCACUGCAGCCCCAGGAGCAACCACUGCUGCCCCAGGAGCCACAACUGCAGCUCCAGGUGCAACAACUGCAGCCCCAGGAGCAACCACUGCAGCUCCAGGAGCAACCACUGCUGCCCCAGGAGCAACAACUGCAGCCCCAGGAGCAACCACUGCAGCUCCAGGAGCAACAACUGCAGCCCCAGGAGCAACCACUGCUGCCCCAGGAGCCACAACUGCAGCUCCAGGUGCAACAACUGCAGCCCCAGGAGCAACCACUGCAGCUCCAGGAGCAACCACUGCUGCCCCAGGAGCCACAACUGCAGCCCCAGGAGCAACCACUGCAGCCCCAGGAGCAACAAAUUCAGCGAUGGGAUCAACCACUGCUGCCCCAGGAGCAACAAAUUCAGCGAUGGGAUCAACCACUGCAGCAUCAGGGUCCCAAACAACUCUUGCAGUUGUAG